AUGUCGUGCCUUAAAGUUUUCCUCGUUAUCUCGACUUUGCUCAUCCAGAACUCUUCGAGCUAUAAAAUUCUAAUUAUUUUUCCCACGGGCUCCUAUAGUCAUCAACGCCCUCAACAAGCUGUAUCGGAAGGUCUUCUUGAAGCAGGUCAUCAACUCACAAUAUUGACUCCAAAUCCGAUAAAAACUACAAAUCCAAAUGUGACACAAGUUGAUAUUAAAUUUACUUAUGAAUAUUUGAAAAUGUUCGAUUUAUCAGCUUCUAUUGAUGCUUAUGAAAUGUUAAGCUUAGUUGCAACUUAUUUCACGAGAAUGACUGAUGGAUUAAUGAACCACAAAGAAUUUGCUGAUAUAGUGAAAAAUGUUAGAAAUGAAAAAUAUGACGCUGUAAUUAUCGAAGCACUUCCUCAUUUUCCUCUAUUUACGGCGAAGGAAAUUUUCAAUACAACUCUCAUUGGAUUAGUUACAUUAGAAAUGAUGCCCAUGUUUCAUCGUGGCUUAGGAAAUGUCAUUCAUCCGAUUCUACAUCCUUCGUUCUUUACGGAUGUCCCAAAAAAUCCAACACUAUGGGAGAGAAUUGGUAUAAUUCAUUUUUUGAUUUACGAGAUGUAUUGGGAAAAAUAUGAUUUAUUUCCCGCUUGUGAUAGUCUCAUAAAGAAAUAUUUUCCUGAAACAUCAAAGACAAGCGCAGAACUUGCUCAAUCCUUGGAUUUUGUAAUAGAAGGAGUAACUCCUGUACUUGGAAAUGUAAGACCAAUCGUUCCAAAUACAGUUCAAGUUGGAUCUUUGCACAUCAAGGAGCCCAAAGAACUUCCAUCGAGUUUGAAAAGUUAUCUGGAUAACUCAAAAAAUGGAGUAAUUUAUUUGAGUUUUGGUUCUAACGUCAAAAGUGCACAUUUGAAACCAGAAAUUAGAAAAACUAUCAUGGAUACGUUAAGAAAAUUAAAUUACGAUAUUUUGUGGAAAUAUGAAAAUGAUACUAUCGAAGGAAAGCCAGAUAAUGUGAGGAUUGAAAAAUGGUUGCCUCAAAUAGAUUUACUUGCACAUCCAAAAAUUAAGCUUUUCAUCACACAAGGCGGGUUACAGUCUAUGGAUGAAACACUCGCAAGAGGAGUUCCUGUAGUUGUUAUUCCAUUCUUUGCUGAUCAAGAUACAAACGCACAAAAAAUGGAAAGUUACGGUAUGGGAAAACGUUUGGAUGUGAAUCAUUUGACUGUUGAAAGCUUUGAAAAGACAAUUUUAGAAGUUAUUAAUGAUCCAAAGUGA